GUGCGCGGUAGGAGGAGCCUGGGGGCCGGAGGAGGCCAGGCCUGAGCAGCGGAGUUGAGCCGAUCCCUGCGAACGCUCUCGCAUCUGACGCACCGGGGAGAGAAGUUGCCUCAACCCCUCCGAAAGGAAAGAUGUCCGGAGACGACGAACAACAGGAGCAGACCAUUGCGGAAGACUUGGUGGUCACCAAGUACAAAAUGGGGGGUGACAUUGCCAACCAGGCCCUGCGAGCAGUGGUGGAGGCAGCCAAAGCCGGGGUGUCGGUGCUGUCGCUGUGUGAGAAGGGCGACUCCCUCAUCAUGGCUGAGACGGGCAAGAUCUUCAAGAAGGAGAAGGAGAUGAAGAAAGGUAUUGCCUUUCCAACCAGCGUGUCAGUCAACAACUGUGUUUGCCACUUCUCUCCUUUGAAGAGUGACCCUGACUACACGCUUAAAGAUGGAGACCUGGUCAAAAUUGAUCUUGGAGUCCAUGUUGACGGCUUCAUCGCUAACGUGGCUCACAGCUUUGUUGUUGGCGCGACUAAGGAGGCACCAGUCACAGGGCGAAAGGCUGACGUCAUCAUGGCGGCUCACCUGUGUGCAGAGGCUGCACUACGUCUAGUCAAGCCUGGGAACCAGAAUACACAGGUGACAGAGGCCUGGAACAAGAUCGCCCGCUCCUUUAAAUGCACGGCCAUCGAAGGAAUGCUGUCUCAUCAGCUGAAGCAGCAUGUCAUUGAUGGAGAGAAAACCAUCAUCCAGAACCCCACAGACCAGCAGCGGAAGGACCACGAGAAGGCAGAGUUUGAGGUCCAUGAGGUGUAUGCGGUGGAUGUGCUGAUUAGCACUGGGGAGGGGAAGGCAAAGGACGCAGGCCAGAGGACCACCAUCUACAAGCGGGACCCUAGCAAGCAAUAUGGGCUUAAGAUGAAGACUUCCCGCAUCUUCUUCAGUGAAGUGGAGAGACGCUUUGAUGCCAUGCCAUUUACUCUCAGGGCGUUUGAGGAUGAGGGGAAGGCCCGGCUGGGUGUAGUGGAGUGCGCCAAACACGAGCUGCUGCAGCCUUUCAACGUGCUCCACGAGAAGGAAGGAGAAUUUGUGGCCCAGUUCAAGUUCACCGUGCUCCUGAUGGCCAAUGGUCCCAUGCGGAUCACCAGUGGCCCCUUCCAACCUGAGCUCUACCAGUCUGAACAUGAGGUUCAGGAUCAAGAGCUCAAGACCCUGCUUCAGAGCUCGGCCAGUCGCAAGACGCAGAAAAAGAAGAAAAAGAAGGCUUCCAAGAACGCUGAAAAUGCGUCGGGACAAACGACUGAAGAGAAUGAGGCCGCGGAGUAGACAUCUGGGUCCAUGCAAACUGACACAAAUCCGACGCCCCCAAAGAAGAGAGAACUUCACAAGACAAUUUCCAAAAGCCUGCCAUACUGCAAAGCCAGUUAACCCAGCCCCCUCUCUUACGCUCCACCUCCAAAUUUAACUGGAAUCAGACUGGGACAAGAGAUUAAACUCGUGUCCCACAAUACCCUGAGAUCUCGUUUCUAAGAGAGGUCUGCAUUUAACUUGGAACAUUUUUGUAGUAGACUUUUUGUCAUGUGCAUAACUCAGCCUUGCAAAUUGCUAAUCAGAUACUAAAAGUGUAAGUGGGUUCAUAGGUACUGCCACUUCUUUCCUUGUUUGUUGGUCCUAGUAUAGCAAAAA